AUGACCACUCAGUUCGACCAAGUUUACCAUGGCCUCUCUCCGGAGGUUGGAAAAUUCCGCAUUGCAGCCAGCGGCAUGGCGUGGAAGGGGGAGGAGUCCGAGAAGAUGGUCGCCAUUGCCUCCGCAGAUAUCAAAUGGGCACAGUGGAUUCGGGUAGCCCGCAAUUACCAGUUGAGAGUCGGCCUGAAGGACAGGUCUAGAGAAACGUUCGACGGGUUUUCGCGAGAGGAUCACGAUAAGCUUGCUCAGUUGCUGAAGCAACACUUCAGCGCGGCUCUGGAGACUAAGGAGGUUUCGUUCAAGGGUUGGAAUUGGGGAGUAACAGACUUCCAAGGACAAGAUCUUGCAUUCCUCGUGUCCAAUAAAACAUCCUUCGAGCUUCCUCUCACGAAUGUAGCCAACUCCAACAUCGCCGGCCGUACCGAAGUCUCGCUAGAAUUCGCCACACCGUCGAGCAGCAAAAAGUCGUCGCGAAACGCGCCGGACGAGAUGGUCGAGAUCCGUUUCUACGUCCCUGGAACGGCCACCCGAGAUCGCGGCUCGGAAGCAGGCUCGCAGAAGUCAGACGAAGAAGAAGAAGAAGAAGAAGAGAUCAGCGCUGCGCAGGCAUUCCACGACGCAGUGAAGGACAAGGCCGAGAUUGGCCAGGUUGCAGGAGACCUCAUCCUUAGCUUCGAAGAGGUCCUUGUACUUACCCCGAGAGGCCGAUAUGAUGUGGAUAUGUUCCCGGAAUUCCUACGGCUUCGUGGCAAGACGUACGAUUACAAAAUCCUGUACAACAGCAUCUCAAGGUUGUUCCUGCUACCUAAGGAUGAUCAACACGUGCUGUUCAUUUUGGGUCUCAGCACGCCUAUCAGGCAAGGCCAGACACGGUACCAGUACCUUGUCAUGCAGUUCAGCCGUGAGGAAGAGAUUACCGCGGAGCUGAAUAUGUCAGAAGAGGAAGUCGCGAAGUACGACAGGUUGAAGAAGAACUACGAGGACCCUACCUUCGAGGUCGUAUCUGGUGUUUUCCGAGCUCUAUCAGGGAGGAAGAUAAUUGGAGCGGGUAGUUUCCAGAGUCACGAUGGGCACCCUGGAAUCAAAGCGAACCUUAAGGCCGUACAAGGGGACCUCUUCUUACUGGAAAAAUACAUCUUCUUCGUGUCAAAGCAGCCCACACUCAUCGAGCUGUCGGAUAUCCACCAGGUUGUCUUCUCACGUCUCGGCGCAGGCAUGGGUGCGACGGCUGCGCGCACGUUUGACCUGAAGAUCGUCACGAAGAGCGGACCGGAGUACACGUUCACGUCCAUCAACAAAGAAGAACACGAGGGUACCGAGGCGUAUCUCAAGGAGAAGAAGGUGAAGGUGAAAAACGAGAUGAUGGAGGGUGAGCUCAUUCUCGGCGGCGACGAGGAGGACGAGGAGAUGCAGAGUGUGGCAAGCAGCGGCGAGGAGGCGCCUAAGCCGAGGUUGGGCGGGAAUGAGGAUGAUGACAGCGAGGAUGACGAAGACUUCCAAGCGUCAGAAUCCGACGCUGGGUCCCCGACAGAUACCGAUUCAUCUGACGAGGGUGGCCAGACGGCUUCCGACGCGAGUGGCGAUCGAGAGCUCGCAAAGGCUGCCAAAGGCAAGGGCAAGGCUCCUACGAAAAAGAAAGCACCCGCGAAGAAAAGUAAAUCGGACGAAAGCGACGCUGAUGAAGAGGAAGAGGAGAAGAAGUCCAAGAAAGCUGCUCCUCGCCCGAAGGCGAAACCAAAGAAAAAGGAAGAGGAUGCCAUGGACAUCGACGAAGAGCGUCCUAAGCCACGUCCCAAGCCGAAGCCGAAGAUGAAGGAUGGAGAGGAAGGGCCAGCGAAGAAGAAGCACAAGAAAUCUGCGGACUGA